CUUUUCUUACACAAUGUCGACGCUGCUGAACUUUGGCGCAGAGACGCCGCUGGUUGCGUUCGGAUUUGUCUCGCUGCUGACGAUCGGCAUUGCGUUCCUUGUGAUUAUCAUGUUCUACGGCACCGUGAACAACAAGAAGCAGGCAAAGCAGCAGGAGGGCCGAGCUACGACGACGACGACGACACAAAAGCAGCAGCAGCAGCAGCAACGCAAACCUCAGGCCCAGCAGCCACAGCCAAAGCAACAGCAACAGCAACAGCAACAGCAACAGCAGCAGCAACAGCAACAGCAGCAACAACAACAGCAGCAGCAGCAGCAGAAGACCAAGAAGGUCGCUGCAGCGGCAACUGAGGUGGCAAAGCCCAUUCCAGUGCGCGGUGCCGUGUCUGCCUCUGCCCCAGCCAACGGCAGCAGCAGCAGCAGCAGCGUGAAUAAGGGCAAGGGUCCAGCGACCGCAGCGUCGUCGUCCAAGCCCCAGCAGCCCCAGCAGCCCAAGAAGCAGGUCAAAAUCCAAGACCCGCUCGCGGCGGAUCCGCACCACAAUCAGCCGCCGCGCCUCAAGUCGCCGCCACCAGUGCUGGCUUCGACCUCGGUGCCAGCGCAUUCAUUUGCAGGCAUGUACGAGGGCGACACCCCUGUGCGCGGCCCCGACGAAGGCUGGGUCACAAUUGAGCGCAAGAAGCGGCCUCAAAAGCCAGCUGCUGCCACCGCCGAUGCUGCCGCCCCACCAGCGUCGGCUCUGCUCCACCCUUCGGCAACCCCCAAUGGUGCCAGCAUCUUGAGCCGUCGACGUGUCUCGUUUGGCCAUGUCGACACUAUUCCCCCACCGACGUUCAAGCAAUAACACACCAACUCUGUUAUUUCCAUUGUUCCUCCUCUUCCCUCCCCGCUCCUUCCACGUGGCAAUAGUGUCAUGUCCAAGCAUGCUACUGCUGCAGCGCGUGCCGAAUAACGGCAGCACUUGUUUCGGUAGCGUGUUGGUUCAGUUCCGUUUCUGUUUGUUUGUUUGUUUGUUUGUUUGUU